AUGUCAAGGCAUGGACGCUCUAAACAAUACGGUCCGGAACCGCCGCCGGCGGCCGUCUACACCAAGCCGCCGCCGCCGGUGCACGGCAACAACACGUACAACGGCCGCGCGCACCACCAUUACCAGCAGCAGCAGUCACAACAGCAACACCAGCAAUUGCUGCUGCAACAGCAAUUCUAUGGCGCUCAGCAGCAACAACAACAGUCGAACGCGGUGGUCGGAUCUAGGCCCCCGUCGAGCAGUCACCACCAUCACUCGUUGCCCAGAAAUGCCUGGAGCGCGGAUAGACAUUCUCCGGUGGCCGGUGGAUCUUCUUCGAACAGCUCCAAUGACCGGGCAUACGCGGCCAACCGCCGGGCAAAGCACCACCGAGUGUACAACAGCCACCGCCAGGCGUCUCGCGGCCACCACAAGAGUGGUGGCGGUGGUGGUGCCACUACGGACCCGGAUGCACUUUCGUCGGUGACAACGGCCGGCGUCAAGUACAACCCGCUGCAGCAACCGCCACCUCAACAGUUGAACCACCAAUCGCUGCACCAACUGCACCAGCAGCAGCAGCACCACCACCACCGGCCGCAGAUGGCGCCGGUCUGGCCACCGGUUGAACCGCCGUCGUCGGCCGUUCACCAUCUCCAGCAACAGCCGGCCACCGCCACCCAAUACUUGCCGCAGCCGCCACCACAGUUACCUCCGCAGAACCCCGCCGCUGCGGCCGCGGUCUUGAGGCAACAUCACCAGCCACCGGCUGCGGUGCCACUGUUGUUGCCCUCUUGCGACGUCGCCGUCGACGCGUGCGGCGGCCACUGUCCGAGGUUCGAAAACUUCUGCCAUUUCUGCUUGCUGGUGCUUUAUUUUGCGGGCAUCACGGUGGGCUUCCUGUUGAUCAUGGCGGCCGUCGUGUCUACCCGGGACCCGCGGUUCCUGUACAUCGGCGGCCUGGUACUUCCGGUCAGCGCGUUCCUGAUGACCGUUCAGUGCCGAGUACGGCAGGACGCCGACCGCCGGAAGCGGCACAGGCAGCUGAACGGCCGACACCACCACAGGUCGAACGCGGGCGCCCUGAUGAUGAUCAACAACAACGGCAGCAGUAACCAACACAACGGCGGAGUUGCCGGCCAACUGUCGGCCACCGGGUCCGGCACUGCCGCAACCGCCGCCGAGACCAUACCGCUGCAGAAUAUCAUGGUGGCCGGCGGUGCCGAUAACGGCGGUACGCUUCGCCGGCAGUUCCAGGGCAACGUCUACCAGUACGUCGGUCAGAGGGACGGCAGCGAGACAAACUAUAACGCGGCCAACGGCCAUCACUACGAGACGACGUCCGACCUACAGCAAAUCGAAGGAGUGCCGUGGUGGAGACGAGAAGACAACCGACCGUAUCACAACCGCGCCCCUCACCAGUAA